GGCCGGAGCGCGGAAGCGGGACAGCGCGGUGCUGAUGCUGCGUUGCGUUGCGCGCUGCGGGUUCACCAAGCGCCACGGUGCCGCGCUCACAACCCGUUCUUAUCGAUUAGAAAACAAACACACACAUACAAACACACAACCGUGUGAUACAUUUCAAACGGCUGCUUCGUUCCGGUUCAAAAAACUGAAGUAAACUGGCGACGUGAAAAGCGGAGACUAACAUUUCACACGCGACGCCCGUGGAUGGACGGACGCUGAACGACGUGCACACCGGCACCGUUCCGAGGUGCAUUCCCUCAGUAGUGUAAUCUGGUCUGAAGUAGUGGCUAUACAGUGAGAGGCUAUACAGUGAGAGGCUAUCCCCAGCCCCAGGCACAAAGGUAUAUAUAAUCGCUGGUACUAGGAGCAGUCAUGGGGCCUAGAAAGGCCUCACUUCCAAUCCAGCCUAUCCUGGCUGUAUUGGUGCUCAUUAUGAGUGUGUGCUGUCUAAACCCAGAUGACCCCAAUGUCUGCAGUCACUGGGAGAGCUAUGCAGUGACUGUGCAGGAAUCAUAUGCACAUCCAUUUGACCAGAUCUACUACACCAGGUGCACAGACAUCCUCAACUGGUUUAAGUGCACCAGACACAGAAUCAGCUACAAAACAGCGUACCGAAGAGGGGUACGGACUAUGUACCGUCGCCGCUCCCAGUGCUCAGGCUACUUUGAGAGUGGAGACUUGUGUGUCCCUCUGUGUACUGAAGAGUGUGCCCAUGGUCGCUGUGUGUCCCCUGAUACGUGUCAGUGUGAGCCAGGCUGGGGAGGACUGGACUGCUCCAGCGGCUGUGAGAGUGGCUACUGGGGACCUCACUGCAGCAAUCGGUGUCAGUGUCAGAACGGAGCCCUGUGUAACCCCAUCACUGGUGCCUGUGUCUGCACGGACGGCUACCAGGGCUGGCGAUGUGAGGACCCCUGUGAGCCCGGGUACUAUGGCAAGGGUUGCCAGCUGCAGUGCCAAUGUCUUAAUGGUGCCACCUGUCAUCAUGAGACAGGCGAGUGCAUCUGUGCUCCUGGGUAUAUGGGUGCUGUCUGCGGUGUACGCUGUCCCUCCGGCAGUCACGGGACCCAGUGUGAGCAGCGCUGCCCCUGCCAGAAUGGUGGAACCUGCCACCACAUCACUGGAGAGUGCUCAUGUCCGGCUGGCUGGACCGGAUCUGUGUGUGCCCAGCCCUGCCCAUUAGGCAAAUUUGGCAUCAACUGCAGCAAGGACUGCUCGUGCCGUAAUGGGGGACUGUGUGACCACAUUACUGGACAGUGCCAAUGUAUGGCAGGUUACACUGGCCGGAGGUGCCAGGAGGAGUGUCCUGUCGGUACAUACGGCCAGCAGUGUGCCCUCCAUUGCGACUGUCAGAAUGGGGCCAAGUGUUACCACAUCAACGGUGCCUGCCUGUGUGACACUGGCUUUAAAGGACCACACUGCCAGGAAAGAUUCUGCCCCCCAGGGUUGUAUGGGCUUAUAUGUGACAAAUACUGCCCCUGUAAUACUACAAAUACUUUGAGCUGUCAUCCUCUAUCAGGGGAAUGCUCUUGUACAGCAGGAUGGACUGGUCUGUACUGCAAUGAGAUGUGUCCUGCGGGCUACUACGGUGAGGGCUGCAGCCUAAAGUGCCAAUGUGCUAAUGGAGCAGACUGCCAUGGGGUCACUGGGGCCUGCAUCUGUGCUCCUGGUUUCACUGGAGAAGACUGCACCCAGACAUGUCCUCAUGGAUUUUACGGAACUAACUGCUCAUCUGCCUGCCACUGCCAGAACCAAGCCUCCUGUUCUCCCAUUGAUGGUUGCUGCAUUUGCAAAGAAGGCUGGAAGGGUGUCGACUGUUCCAUCUUGUGCUCUAGUGGAACAUGGGGUCUCAACUGUAACCAGACCUGUACAUGUUUAAACAGAGCUGCCUGUGACCCCAUCGAUGGCUCUUGCUCCUGUACACCGGGCUGGAGGGGAAAACACUGCCAAAUGGCUUGUCCUGAUGGCACCUAUGGGCUGGAGUGUCAGGAGCACUGCGACUGUAAUCAUGCCAACGGAUGUGAUGCCAUCAGUGGCGACUGCUUCUGUUUGGCAGGAUGGACUGGUAUCCACUGUGACAAUGUCUGCCCUCAAGGCUUCUGGGGGCCAAACUGCUCCAUGACCUGCUCAUGCCAAAAUGGAGGCUCAUGCUCCCCUGAGGAUGGCACCUGCGUGUGUGCUCCGGGCUACCGUGGCACAUCCUGCAAAAGAUCCUGUUCUCCUGGGUUCUAUGGGCAUCGCUGCAGUCAGACAUGCCCACAGUGUGUGCACAGCACUGGUCCAUGCCAUCAUGUUACAGGCCAGUGUGAAUGCCUGUCUGGAUUUUUUGGCCCACUGUGCAAUGAAGUGUGUCCCAGUGGCAGGUACGGGAAAGCUUGUGCUGAAGUGUGUCUCUGCUUGAACAACGGCACAUGCAAUCCUAUUGACGGCUCCUGCCAGUGCCUCCCUGGCUGGAUUGGAGAUGACUGCUCACAGGCAUGUCCUAUAGGGCAGUGGGGUCCUGACUGUCUCAACUCAUGCAACUGUCACAACGGAGCCCAGUGUAGUGCCUAUGAUGGGGAGUGCAGGUGCAGCCCCGGGUGGACAGGCCUUUACUGCACACAACGCUGCCCGUCAGGCUUUUAUGGCCAUGACUGUGCUGAGGUGUGUCGCUGUCAGAACGGAGCAGAUUGUGAUCACAUCACGGGCCAGUGUACCUGUCGCACAGGCUUCAUUGGUAGCAGCUGCGAACAAAAGUGUCCUCCUGGGACUUUCGGCUAUGGCUGUCAGCAACUGUGUGAGUGCAUGAACAAUGCCACCUGUGACUACGUGACUGGAACCUGUUAUUGCAGUCCUGGAUACAAAGGAAUUCGCUGUGACCAGGCGGCCUUGAUGAUGGAGGAGCUGAACCCCUACACUAAGAUCAGUCCAGCCCUGAGCUCCGAGCGCCAGUCAGCUGGUGCUGUCAUGGGCAUCAUCUUCCUACUCCUCAUCAUCAUGGCCAUGCUCAGUCUGUUUGUGUGGUACAGACAGAGGCAGAGGGAGAAGGGUCAGGACAUGCCAAGUGUGUCCUACACACCAGCACUGCACAUCGCCAACACUGACUACUCAAUAUCUGAUACACCUCAGAGCAGCAGUAGCCAGUGUUUCUCCAACCCCAGCUACCACACUGUGGCCCAGUGCAACAUUCCAUCCUCUAACACUAACAAUUUGGAUGGCACUCUUACUCUGAAGAAAGGGGACAGGAGCAGCUCAGAGUGGAGAGCCUACUGCAAUCUAAAUGACCUUGGUGUGCCACGAGAGGAUACACUGAUAGUGCAAGACAACAAAACCACUCAAGUUGCUAAAGACUAUAUCAAGCCAUCCAUGUGCAGCACCAGCUCAUGUUCACUAAACAGUGAGAAUCCAUAUGCCACCAUACGGGAUCCACCAGGCCUGACCUGCAAGCACACAGAGAGCAGCUAUGUGGAAAUGAAGUCUCCUGCACACAGAGACCUGCCAUUCUGCACCAGCAGUACCACCCGCACCUCUGCAAGCAGGAACAUCUAUGACAUGGAACCCACAGUAAGUGUUCUACAGGGACCCAAUGGCCUGGCGACUGGUUUCUCCCAGAACCCUUAUGACCUUCCUCGGAACAGCCACAUCCCGAGCCACUACGACAUCCUGCCAAUGCGCCACAGCCCCACACACACUCUGCCCCCCGAGAGCCCCCCGAGCUCCCUGCUGUAGAGUCCAGACCUCAGCCUACCUCUACCCUACAGCAAGCAUCGCCUGCGUCUGCAGGACCUCCUCUCAUCUAUCUUUUUAUCUUAUCACCUCUUUCCUUCUCUUUCCCACAUAUGCACAGAUACAUAACAAGAUGGCGGCUAUAAAUGCUGUAAACCAGAGUUUUGCUAAAUUGGUAUGUGUCUACAUGUGUGUGUAUGAGGGACAACAGAUGGCUAAGAAAGGACUGUACAGAGAAAUGUAUAGAUAUUAGCAAAUAGUUACUUCUAUCUUCUCUUUAUUUGGUUCCCUGGAAGAUAAAGGGGAUUUCAUUAACAGAGUGGACUGGGAACCGAAGGAAAAAAAAAAAUAUAUAUAUAUAUAUAUAAUCCUGUAUUCUUUAUCUAAUCAUGUAUAUUGUAGCAGACUACUGGACUAUCAAGGCUCUCAUGUGUUCAAGGGUUUCUAUACAAACAAGCCAGCUGUAAGAGGAACAUAGUGUCAGUGGUUCACUGGGCAGUAACUUAUCCCAGUCACCUCUCUAAAGCGAUCAGGGACUGACCCUGGCCAUCUAGAGAGAGUCAGUGUAUACUGUCACCUACAGGUGAAGUAUCACUGCUAACCUUGAAUAAAGAGGACUGAAAAGCCCUUAGUGACAGAGCAUGGCUUAAUAGGAAAUGGUUAAUAGUAAGACCAUUUAGUUUUUACUGUAUAAAGACAAUUACCAAAACAUGUUUUUGAGAAACAUCAGUUUUUGUUCAUAACACUACAGUGUAAUUCUUCAAACAUUUCAUAAACUAUUUUAAAAAAUCUGCUGAGGUGGUACACAGCUCUUAAUAAAAGAUUUAUGAGAAAUAGCAGCUUGGUAUACACUGUUCUUAAUUCCAAUGGUCUAUAUUAAACUGCUGUUUCUUCCAAAAACAUUUAUGGAUGGUUAUAUAUCAAGUUUGCAGGUGUAAUGUCAUGUGAAUGUGUAUUGAAGA